AAGGCCUAUCCUCUGGUCGACAGCAUUGACCCUCAGGGUUUCAUCAUGUAUCGUCUCUUCAGAGAUGCCACUCGUUACAUGGAGGGCCAUCACGUAAAGGAUGUGUCAUGUCUGAACCGAGACACCAGUAAGGUGAUCGUGGUGGACUGUAAACGGGAGGCCUUUCAGCUUCAGCCCUUUAACGGCAUUGCACUAAAAAAAUGGGACGGAAACUCCGACGAUCGCACGCUCUACGACCUCACCAACUUCCUGAAGGCCAUCGCUCUGAACAACGUGGAGGAUGUACGAACAGUUCUGGAGAACUACGCUCUGGAGGACGACCCCAUCGAGGCCUUCAAACGCCGACAGGCUCAACUGGCCCAGCAGGAGGAGGAGCAGCGCCUGGCAGAGCUGUCCCUGCAGAAGAAACAAGGACUGUCCCUUGGCUCCAUUGCCUCCCGUUUCUGGCGCUCUAAACAGCAUUGAGGCCCCCACAAACCCACACACUUCCACCAAUCACAGCCCUGAGUGGAGAUGAGGGGCGGGGCCUGUGUACCAUAGCUGAGCAGCCACCGGUGUCACGUGUCAAGAGGGCGGGUCGACGUGUGGGAGACAGAGGAAGGACAUUGGUUGACUUCCACCAUUCAGGCACAGAUUACAGGGGGGGGUGUCAGUGGGCCCCUCCCUCUGUGAUCUGGAGCUCACCUGAUCUAUUAAAGCUGCUGAUUGGUUUGUGAAUGUCUUGUUGUUUGAAGCUUGGAGGCUGAUUCAGGACCAGCUCUGACCCCCACUCCACUCUGGUUUCUUUCCUCUUCCUGUGCGUUGAACUGACCGCUGCUGGAGGCGGAGCUUACAUGAUGAAGUCUGCCUGAAAGAACCAAUCAGAGUUCUGAUGAGCUGCAGGAAGACUCAAACAUCUGGGUGGAGCCAGAGUUCAUAAAGCAGUUUGAGCUUCUUUUCAGUGCUUUCUAUAUCUGUUCAGAGAUGAUGUCAGAUAUUUGUGAUUUGUUUUGUCUGUGCUUCCUACAAACACACCAACCAUUAAAACAUGUUUCGUUUUUA